AUGGCCAAGUCCAAGAACCACACCACACACAACCAAUCUCAAAAAUGGCACAAAAAUGGUAUCAAGAAACCCCGGUCACAAAGUUACGAAUCUCUUAAGGGGGUGGACCCCAAGUUCCUGAGGAACAUGCGCUUUGCCAAGAAGCACAGCAAGAAAGGCCUGAAGAAGAUGCAGGCCAACAACGCAAAGGCAGUGAGUGUGCGUACAGAGGCCACCAAGGCCCUUGUGAAGCCCAGCGUGGUUAAGCCCAAGAUGCCAAAGGGCCCCAGCCGCAAGCCCAGCUGUCUCGUUUUCAUCGCUCACUCCAAGCUUGGGAAGCGGAUUAGAAGCUACAUGGCCAAGGGUCGUAGGCUCUGCCAGCCAAAGCCCAAGGCUCAAACCAAGGCAGAGGCCUCAGCUCCAGCUCAGGCUCCCAAAGGUGCCCAGGCCCCUGUGAAGGCCCCAUAGAAAAGGUUUCUGUCUGCCAGACAGAUGGACUGGUGUGACACACCUAAACACUAUUUGCAGAUGAU